CGUUCGUUUCGGCACCAAGGCCACUGGGGAUACCACAUAUCGGUACGCGCGCGCGCUGGCGAAUUUUUUUCUGGUGCAUGCAAACACCCACGUGGCGGCGAUUUGCCUGGGCACAUCCGACGACCGAAUGCGGACAGCAGCCCAGGCCUACCGGAGACGGGGUGAGGCCGUGCCUCAGAACAUGGUCACAGCCGUAAUCAAACGUCACACGCAAUCUGGCAUCCCAAGACAGCACGAGGGACGCGACGCCUCCGCGAGGUAGAUACCGCAAGGACUAAACCCGAAGUGCAGGGCAUGCACUGACGAGCAAAUAAAAUUCAUGUCAGAAUAUCCCUAUCAUGAACUGGCGUGCGUUCAGGGCUACUUGGCAACAGGUUGCCAGCUCUGUCGAGCUGAAUUCAAACGCCAUGCCCGUGGGCGACAGCAGUAGCGAGCGCCUGGCUCUAGCCGCUGUCAACAUUAUGUUGGUAUUGCGUGCCUUCCCCUGUCCCUCCUCCCUUCUCUGCUUCCCCCGUGUCCACUCAGAACUUUUGCUGGUGGGUGCCAAUGCUGCAGCUUACUGUGCCCACGCGUCCAGAUUGAAGCUCGGCUGUGGUGGCGGCAGAUCUCCCCUACAGGAAAAGAGCAUGUCUCGAAUGUCCCAUGACAUGCACGACAUGGCGCUGCUCGCCAAGUGGCCGAAAUACGCUGAGAAGCAGUUCUGGUGGCGGUGUGGAGACCAAAGUACGCACGACACCGUGUGAGUCGAAUCAGUGGCUUGCUCCACCUGCGCCUGCUAAGCCCACAUUCGGGACCUUGCGGCAAUCGGAAAACAAUGAGAGCGAAUAGGGCAGAAUGAGAAAGGAAGUUCGGGAUGCAAAUGGAUACUAUGCUCACUUGCGGCUGCCUCUUUUCUCAGAGAAUGCGAUGUUCGUAGUCCUUCGCCAAUCCUUCCUGGUUCCAGAACUCUGGCCAAAAUCGCGGCACUCUCGGAUGGAAUGCGGAAACGGGAUGAGCAAGUUAUAUUUCAAUACGUCAUCCAGUACCGAUGGGUUCAUGACGAGGCUGUCCGCGGCGCGGAGGAUGUUAGUCUGUAAGGUCUGUGUCUCGCUCCAGCACACAUGGUACUUCUUCUUGCAAGCCUUACUCUGCCAAUCACAGAAGCUCCCGAACGUCUCUACGAAAGGCUUCACGUGACUUACGCUGGUCGCGGAUGUGGCUGGUCUCGAAAUCGACAGGGAAGCCUCUUGAAUGAUGAUCCACGCAUGGAUGGAAGGUGGAAAGAUAAAGUCACCAGAGCGAGGAGAGUGCAGACACUGAGCGCAUCUCCGACUCCCUCUCCUGGGACGUAGGACGCAAGUGCAUUGGCAGCGUGGGAAACAUUAGUACAACCACAAGCAGGAAUGUACGUAUCCCGCUGGAAAAAAAGGUCACAUCUAUAACUUGGCGCCUGUGUCAAGGCCGCCGAACUAAGGAUGAUCAAUUCGACCUCGGGACCGCAAUUCUUGGAGCGGGUCUGGUUGGGCGCGGGCCGGCUUAAAAUGCCAUACAUUAUGGUUGAACGUGGGUGCCGACCGUCUCCAGACGUUUCCCCGACUCUUAUACAUCAUGUGGGCACGUGACUCAGAUGUAGCAACGAGACUUUCCUGCUUCGAAAGCCAGGCCGCCGUCCCCGGAGUCGUCGGGCUCGUGGUCCUCCCUGCGGCGCAGCAGCUUCGGCGAGGGCGGCGGGGCCGGAGGCCUCCGAGGCGACGCCGACUGGGUCCGCGGCGCGUACUGGGCGGGCGGCAUUGGCCACGGGGCCCCGCCCAGGCGCAAGAUUGGCACGGACGUGGCGCUGUUCAGCCUCAUGAGC